UGAUGAGCAGAGGCGGUGGGAGAUUUCUUCUCGUUUGGUUUUGGGUUUGCGUACAGUUACUUCGACCUUGUUGAGUAUUUACGUGUGGUUUUGGUCCAUAUUUACCGUCAAUUUGUCGUCAAUUGGUUGAUACUGGGCUGAUACCUAUUCAGAUAUAUUUUGCUGAAUUAUUACUAUACUACUCAAUCCCGGUCUUCUGCAUGGUAUAGCGCGGUUGGGAGGCACUUGCUACGAUCAAUUUCUAUAUAAUUACCGACCAUGAAGCUGUCGAUACUUCACUAUGUCGUCGCCUUCAUCGUCAUAUUCUCGACAUUAGUAUUCAUCGUUCUAUUCGGCCGACUGCCUGCAUUCAAAGGAACGAUAGUCGGCAAAGCGCACAUCUUGCUAUGGAAAACGAUUCCGGCGAAGUUUGUGGCAAUUGAUAGAAAGUUGACGGGUGGGAAAUUAUACGCUGCGUCUUCUAAAUGGGCGGAUUAUCUCGUUAACGACAAGAAUUGGGCUGUUGCUAUCUUCUACAGCACUGUUUUAACAGUCUCUCUUUUCUUCUUCUUUAAAGAUGCCUGGCCACGAAUCUACAACCCGCUUCACCGCCUGAUAAUCCCCAUGGUCGCAUUCCAGCCCUACUUUUAUCUCUACCUCUCGGCAUUCACAGACCCCGGCACAAUCACAAAGGCAAACCUUGCGAGAUAUCUCGAGCUGUUUCCGUACGAUGAUAUCAUUUUCUACUCUGAUAGCGCAGAGUGCCGGACCUGUCACUUUAAGAAACCGGCGAGGAGUAAGCACUGUAGUGUUUGUAAAGGCUGUAUAGCGAAGAACGAUCAUCACUGUGCGUGGAUUAAUAACUGCGUGGGAUACUACAACUAUCGCUUCUUUCUAGGCUUUCUGGUUAGUAACCUAGGUGUGCUGAUAUACGGCUCCUACCUCACAUUCAUGGUUCUCUUCAACGAGUACAAAGCGCAGCAUUUCCCCGACGGAACAGAUUCUGCUCCGAAAUACUACUGGGCCAACUACCGCUUCUGGAUCCUUCUGAUCCACUCGCGCAGCUGGACGGCGACGGUGACGUCGCUAUGUAUGAUUUCGACGCUCGUGAGUCCGCUCGUGAUUGCGUUCCUGGCCCAGCACAUUCUGUACAUACAUCAGGGAAUGACGACGAACGAGAGCGAGAAAUGGAGCGAGGUGCAGUGGGUGGCUAAUAACGGAAUGCUCGAGGUGUACGAAAACAGAGAGGACGAGGAUAGUUCGGAGGACGGCAGCAGUGCGUCCGGAAGCGGGUCAGAUAGCGAGACGAGAGCGCUGCAUCCGCGGCUGCAGGCUUUGCAGAGCGCGAGACCGAAGCCCGAGAACCAGGGCAGGAAAGUGCAUAUCUACGCCUACGAUGAUGGCUCGUUCAAUCGGUUGCCGCCGGCGGGCAUGGUCAAGACUGCGACUGUGCCGGGGCUGUAUGCGGUCGUGAAUAUCUACGACCGUGGCGGGCUGUUUAAGAAUGCAAAGGAGGUGUGGUUUCCAAAGAGAGUGUAGGUGUAUAUAUAUGCUAAGUUGAAUAUGUGGAUAUGUUGAUAUGUUGUAAUAGAAAGGCUAUCGCAGAGCUUAUCAGCUUAUCGGGUAGAUUGGGUUUCGCAUUGUUAUUCCUGCUUCUGCGCGUGUGAGCCAGUCGAGAGAUCUUCAAAUGUUUCUAAAGACUUCAGUAGGAUCACAUUGCUGAUAUCUGCUUCAUCAACAGCUGAUUCACUCUGUUUCUUCUGCUGAGCUGCAGAAAACCGGUGAAGAUGAGCUGGUGCAGGAGAAUUAGGCUCUGAACUCUGCAAAUCGCCAUCACCGCUUCCCACGAGCGCCGGCCCUGCUACUUUCUGUUUUAAGCACGAUAUUCAAUAGGAAUACACUCAAACACACUGCCC